AUGGCGGAAAGUGAAUAUAGGGAGGCAAAAAGAGACGAGAGUGAGGACGGUAGUGAAAGGGAUGAAGGAAAUGAGUUGAAAAUGCCACCUCAGCAACUGCUUUUAAGUUGGAAAGAUCACAAUGGUGCAUUGGUGUCUGUUUUUGAAAAUCUUUUGAAAAGGAAUACUUUAGUAGACUGUACUCUGGCUGCAGAUGGUCAAUACUUAAAGGCCCAUAAAGUGGUGCUCUCUGCUUGCAGUGCAUAUUUUGAGUUAUUAUUUAGUCAGGAGAGUGAGAAGAAUCCAAUAGUCAUUCUCAAAGAUGUGAAAUUUCAAGAACUGGAAGCUGCUGUUAAUUUUAUGUACAGAGGAGAAGUGGAAGUUUGUGAAGAUAGAUUGGCAGCUUUUCUUGAAGUUGCAGAUUCGUUGCAAAUAAAGGGGUUAGGCAGCGAUGGAAAAUCUCGAGAUGUCAGAGGGAAGUCUCCAAUAUCAAAGAGCUCAAAGGCUGCAGUUCCUCCAAAAGCACAUUCUAGCAGAAAGGAAGUCACCCUCACGGAGAGUGAGAAUACUGUGGAGAGUUGCAUCACCCUCGACAGCGAUAAGAAUAGCAACGAAAGUUCUUCUCACCAUCAUUUACCGCACAGAGAAACAUCAGGAUCUUCACCCAUUCCAUCCUCACUUGCUAUCGCGUCUUCCUUCAGCAUACCAUCAGCUUCUACCUCAUGCCCAGUUAGAGUAGAAACUGAUCGUGAUAGAGACAAACUGGAGAAGAAUCAGUGCUCGUCCCCUUCUGUGUCUACUUUCCCUUCAGGAGAUACUGUGCCAUCAGAUGUGAACACUGUAAUUAAAACUGAACCUGUGACCGAUACUUAUUUGGACGAAAAGUCGGAUGAGACGGAGAGAGACUUUGAUGAUGUGACGAUGAUGGAAGAUCAGGAAGACUGGGAUGAUCCUAAUAUUGAGUCUAUGGGUGAUGACCAUUCUUCAAAUCAACAUGAUCCUGGUUUUUCUGUCGCUCACAUGAAAACGGAAGAAUCUUCAUCGGAACACAUGCCUGGUGCACCCUCAAUGGAACAUGUCUCCUCAGAAGGCGCCACCGCCUCCGGGGCUCAAAGCGAUCGGGCGGUCGCGGCGGAGGGCGUGGCGCAGAAGGCGAAGGAGCAGGAGCAACAGCACGAAGAGGAAGAGGACUUGGACGACGACGGCAACGACGAAGAAUCGGACGAGUUGGAGGACGAGGAAGAGGAGGAAGUGCAGCGGCGGCAGAGGAAUCGGCGGCGGCGGCGCCGGGGGCAGCUGCAGCAGCAGGAGGGGCAGAAGAGGGCGCGGCCGACGCGCAAGCGCAGCCCGCCGCCGCCCGCAGUGCCGCCCCCGCGC